ACUUUCUGUCAACAGUAGAUAAACCACGCACACACAUUUUUGUAUAAAAAGGCCCGCACAAUUUGCAUACUCAUCAUUAAUAGUUGAACUUACUUGAUUGUGUCGAGACGUCUUUUUCCAGAUUAGUCUCCCCCGAAAGUGCCUGGUCGAAGUUUUAAACGAUUCCAAGAAAUCAACCAACAAGUGAAGAUGAUCCGAGCUUUAGUAGUCUGUGCCCUUGUUGUGGCUGCAUGCAGUUUACCGUUUGUAGAUAAAUUUGACAGAAGUUAUGAUGAAGAUUGGGAACUAUACAAGAAGGUUCACAAUAAGAAAUACACACUUCUAGGUGAAGAAGUGAAGAGACGUUCAGUAUGGGAAGCCAAUUUGGACAUCAUCAACAGACAUAAUCUCGAGCAUGAUUUGGGAAACCACACAUUCAGACUCGGCAUGAACGUCUAUGGUGACUUGACAAAUGAAGAGUUUGUCGCACGUAUGAAUGGUUUCAAACAACGUAAAGAUGCCCCACAGUCUCUCAGGACCUUUGUGGCACCAUACAUGAAAUUGCCCGACACUGUAGACUGGAGACAGAAGGGAUACGUUACUCCAGUCAAGAACCAGGAACAAUGUGGAUCGUGCUGGGCAUUCAGUGCUACUGGCUCCCUGGAAGGACAGAUGUUCAACAAGACAGGCGUCCUGCCAGAUCUUAGCGAGCAGAAUCUUGUAGACUGCUCUUACGUACAGGGAGAUGAUGGAUGCAAUGGUGGCCUCAUGGAUGAUGCCUUUAAGUACGUCAAGAAGAACGGUCUGGAUAAGGAGACUUGCUACCCUUACAAAGCUAAGGAUGAAAAUACAUGCUACUUCAAAGACACCGCAGACUGCAUUGCUGCUCAUUGCACAGGGUUUGUUGACAUUGAAGCUGGUAAUGAAAAACAAUUGAAGGCAGCUUCUGCCACCGUAGGACCAAUCUCAGUCGCUAUCGAUGCUAGCCACUCAUCAUUCCAACUUUACACUGAAGGUGUAUACUCUGAACCAGAAUGCAGUAGCUCAGAGCUUGAUCAUGGUGUAUUGGUCGUUGGGUAUGGAGUUGAUGCUGACAGCGGUAACGCCUACUGGCUCGUUAAGAACAGCUGGGGAGAGACAUGGGGAAUGAAUGGUUACAUCAAGAUGUCAAGGAAUGCCGACAACCAGUGCGGUAUUGCAACAUCGGCAAGCUACCCUUUGGUAUAAGAAUAGCUCAUCUUAUACAUAUCCCGCCCUGGUAUAGGAAUAGUCUGCUGUAAUGUAUUGCCCCACCAGCUGCAUUGGCCUAUCACUGCAUAUUCAUCAUAUGGGAAUGAUGUUUCAAGUUCCAUCAUACAUAGCUGUGUCACAGAAAAUAUAUUUAAAAAACAAUGUUUUGUGUCCAUCUUUGGAAGCCUUAGCCACUACCUUUCUUCUAAUGUAAUUUUUUGACUGGCAUUUAUAUUUAAAAACCUGCUCUUGAGAAAGUUAUCUUGUUACCUUCAAUGUCGCUCUUGUAUCCAGUUUGAUUGAGCGCUAUGAACUCUGUCACACAACAAGUUCAUUGCAAUUUUAGGGCUUUUUGAUACUGUUGAUUCUCUAGUUCACCGCUACUCGUCCAAGUAUUCUUGAUGUCUAUGCAAAGUGGUGAAUAUUUCACCUAGAGCCUGUACUUUUGUUAAAUUGUAUAGAUUUGUUCAAGUUAUCACACUGCUGCCAUGGUUGUCUUGUGCCCUGUGUGCAACAGGGACCUGACCGUCUUGGUGAUUGAAGUGCAAGUCGGCAGUUGUGGCUACGGCUACGACUGUUGCUAAAAGCUGGUGCUAUGGUCCUUCUAUGUUUCAUCAUUUGUUCAUGUGACACUCAAGUCGUAGCCGCUCAUCUGGAUAUGGCUUACACUAUGAAAUUGUAUUUUCCCAGCAGCAGCAGUCAUGUUCUCUUCAAAUUAUUCACUCUAUGUACAUGAUUGUACAAAUUUGUGUGAAUGAGAUUUGAAAUGGGCUGUUUAACAAUCUCUAGAAAUGAUGUAGUUUUGUAGUGGCAAUCUUGUCCACAGGCUAAAUACAGUUUUCUGCAAGUUGCUGCCACUCCUGUUCUUUUUUUAUUUGAUUUUUUUUUAAAUUAAUGUCAAAUGUAUUGUAGAGGCAAUGGGUGAACAGGAAGAAUUUGUGAAGUAACUCUUUCCUAACACCAACUUAAUAAGUAUAAACACCAACCGUUUUAUUAGAACACUGAUGGGUUUUUUCAUCUUAGGCAAGGCACAAUGAUAUUCAUCUAAUUGUGGAUAUUUUUACAAAAAAUAACAUUUUAUCAUUGACGUGUUUUUCAUUAUCUUAUUAGUAGUGGAAAUUAUGUUUAUCAGUUUCUCGUCUUUCUUCAUAUUUUUUUGCGCUCAAGAAGGCUACCCUCCCCAGAGUUUUCUAUAUUUUCAUUUUUCAGAUGAUUGUAAAAAAUGUAAGAUUUUGUCCUUUAACUUGGUGGAAGAUUAAACUAAAUUUUGUUAGUAGAUCAUAGAUGAAGCCUAACCUUUUAAAUUGAUUUUUUUAGGAUUUAGAUUUUCUUUUUUAAUUUUUGUUCCCAGUAUUAAUAUUUUUGAUAUUUGCAAGUUUCAGUAACUUGGCGCAAAAACCUCAGUCCUUAAAAACUUAAUACCAGUAGAUUGCCGUAGAUGUAAAAUGCAAUGACGUCAAUUGCCGCCAUCUUUAAAAGAUGACGAAACAAGGAGUAGCCAAUGAGCAGCCCAUAAUUAUGACAUUCACGUGAGGGCGCCCUACUCAAAUGAAGUCACAAUAAUGCACAAGGUAUGAUGAUGCAACGAACUUCUUAGUUAAUUUCGAAGUGUCGACUUGUAACUUAUUUGAAUGUGAAGAAAAACACCUUAUUUCACGUUUGAUUUGAAGGCAGUAAAAAUGCACAUGUUAUUUGUGGUAAAUUUAUGCCUUAUCGCACUAGAAGGAACUUCACAAAGGAAAGGUGAAGGCGGCUCUCUGCUAUUCGUAGGGCAUACUCAGCAAAAUAGUUCAAAGUUUCAAGUUUUAAUCAAUUUUUUGUUACACUCGGUUGUCUGCGCCGUCGAAUAUUGUGUGGAAUAAAUCAGUACUCGGCUCAACACGAUGAGGAAAUAAAUUAUCAGGAAGAGCCAUGCCACAUACUUCAAUCUGCUUAGAUAAUAAUGAAAAUGUAAAUUUAUGUAGUUUGAUUAUACUUGCUACAAAUAAAUCGAAUGAAAUAUUCAAAUCGA